UAGAUCUAGAUCUAUAUACCCUAUAUGUGUGUUUACUUUAUAUACCAAAAAAGGUGUUUAAUUUCAUGCUGCACAACAUGUAUAUAUUUAGCCAAUUGUACUAUGUUAGAAAUGAAUACGCAAUGAAUGGGUGGGCAUGUGACCAGGAAUCUGAUCUGUCCCUUAUGGAUAUGAAUAUACUGAAGUGAUUGUUUGUGCUUUUUGUUCAGUUCAACCAUUGGGAUGAUAAUGGCUUCAGCUCUGUUAUUAGGGCUCAUACUAGUCUGCACUGGGAUAACAGAUGGUGCUAUCACUAACUUUACAUGCACUGAUGGGCCAGUAUGUGCAAGGGAUAGAAUAGAAUGCAGCUGCACAUCAAAUAGUGGUAUUCUAGACUGGUUCAUAAGUUAUCGUCACAUAGACCAUGUAAUGUGGAACCAAAUCCUAAGUGUUCUAUUCAAUAAAGCUACAACAAAUGAAGAAUAUCAUUAUGGUUAUAAUUUCACAUUUAAUACAACUUAUACAGGCCUGAACACUUCAAUACUGACCUUUAAUCUUAAUCAGUCUGAGAGUGUACAUAUUGAGUGUGCAAAUGGAAAUGUGACUGAUAAAAUGAACACAACAGUUACUGAUUCAGGUUAUUAUGCAAAAGCACCGACAAACUUAACAACAACCUUCAAUGCAAGUGGAGUUACUUUAGCAUGGAAGGACACUGGGAAUAACUGUACUUCUACUGUGUAUCAAGUGACUGUUAGUUGUUCAUGUACAUCAACCAGUGUAUUGAUGUAUAAUACUAGCAAAACAGCUAUACAUAUAAACUCAAGCGACUUAUUAGAAAAUGUAACCUAUACAUACACUGUUAGAGGGUGGAAUGAACAGGAAAGUAACAUCAGUGAACCAUUCACACUUGCUCCUGUUGAAGUGAUGAGUGUUACAAUAAACAUAACUAAUACUACUGAUCCUUGUAAAAAUAAUAUUUGCUGUGUCAAUGCUACACUGAAUAUAAUACUGGAAUCAUUAGACACAUGCUUUAAGCAUCCAAAUCAGUACUAUAGCAUAUCAUAUAAUCCCAGUACUGGACAUAUACCUGUAUCAUUUAAAAUAAAUGAAACAGAAUUUGGAAAAUCAAGACUAAAAUUCAAUGAGACCUAUUGCUUAGUCACACCAACAAAGCCAAUAAGAGAUGAUGAAUAUGAUGCACAAUACAGCAUAGGAAAAACUGGUUUG